UUGCAGUGUGGCAACGCUGAAGCGUUUGGGUAUCGAGUAGUUGUGUCGUCUGACAGCUUGAUGGUUGAAGAAGAAGCAGCAGCAAACCAUAAUACGCGAUAGAGCGGCAACACGACAAGGACGACAACUCGUGGAGCGUAAACCGAAGGCAGCGCAAAAAUGGCGGAUCCACUGAGUCUCUUGCGGCAAUACAACAUAAACAAAAAGGAAAUAAUCGAGCGUGAUAAUCAAAUUAUAUUUGGUGAAUUCUCCUGGCCUAAAAGUGUCAAGACCAACUAUCUCAAAUAUGGCUCUGGUAAAAAGGGCGCUCCACGUGAAUAUUAUACGCUGGAGUGCCUGCUGUACUUGCUCAAGAAUGUUAUGCUCCAGCAUUCGGUGUAUGUGCGUCAGUGCGCGGCGGAGGACAUACCCGCCGUAAAUCGACCCGAUCGUAAGGAGCUGCUCGCCUACCUCAAUGGGGAGACGCCCACAUGUGCCAGCAUCGACAAGAGCGCGCCGCUGGAGAUACCCACACAAGUGAAGCGUACAGCGGAUGGGGAUGCGGCCACAAGCGGCGAGACGGCCGCCAAGAAGUCACGCUUCGAGGAGACGCAAGUGCAGAAGGUACGCGAACAGCUUGCGGCGCGCUGGGAUGUCAAUCAAAAGGAAACUGCCGUCAAUAUGGACAACAUUAAGUCGCUGUCGGAGACGAUGUCCGUGGAGAAGAUUGCAGCCAUCAAGGCGAAACGUUUGGCCAACAAACGUACCACAAUUAAGCGCACGGAUAAUGAAGAGGCCAUGGGCACAGAUCUACGAGCCAUACUCGACUACGAUGUGGACUCCACAAAGGAUAUCAUUAGCCGCGAACGACAAUGGCGCACACGCACCUCAGUGCUUCAGAGCACGGGCAAACUUUUUGCCAAGAACAUUUUCGCCAUGCUGCAGGGUAUUAAGGCACGCGAGGAGGGACGCAAUCGUCCCCAGGUGCCAAAUCCCAUUAAGAUGCCCGAGCCGGCGCGCAUUACGAAGCCACAGCCACAGCUCUCUCAAUACAAUCGUUACGAUCAGGAGCGUUUCAAUCGCCAAAAGGAGGAGACCGAAGGCUUCAAAAUCGACACGUUGGGUACAUAUCACGGCAUGUCGCUUAAGUCCGUGACGGAGGGCUCUCUGGCGCAGCGCAAGGCGCAGGCAAACAUGCCACAUGGCGCAGCGGCUGCGACGCCCACAGCUGUCUCCCGUGCAGCGCCCAAGGAGCUGCUGCCCACGGCACAGGCGCGACAGCUGCCCGCUAAUGGGCCUCAAAAGAGGCCAUCGCGCACGCCUAUAAUUAUAAUACCGUCUGCCAACACGAGCCUUAUAACUAUGCUGAAUGUUAAGGAUAUACUGCAGGAUUUACGCUUCAUGUCCACGUCGGACAAGAAGCUACAGGGCUGUCAGCGCGAAAGCGAGGUGCUGCUGCAGCGCAAACGCAAUAAUCAGACCGUCUCGUAUCGCGUUGUUGACAAUCCCAUCAAGCUCAGCCAACAGGAUUGGCAGCGCGUUGUCGCUGUAUUCGUCAUGGGACCACAAUGGCAAUUCAAAGGCUGGCCCUGGGAUGGGAAUCCUGUUGAAAUUUUCUCAAAAAUUUGCGCCUUUCAUUUAUGCUUCAGCGAGCUGAAAUUGGAUGCGAAUGUGGAGCGUUGGUCUGUGACGCUGUUGCGUCUAUCCCAAAACAAAAGGCAUUUGGAUCGCGCCGUGCUCAGCAAAUUUUGGGAGACGCUAGACAAAUACAUGCUUAAGUACAAGCCAGAUUUACGGUUUUAGAUACUGGGACGUUAACGUUGAGCGCGCAUUACACUAAACAACGAAACAAAGAAAUAAAGAAAAAUUGGAAAAACAUGCCAAUGCUUAUGACCCAGAAAGUUAACACUUUUACUACCCACUUUGUUGUAGGCAGCGGGCGGUUCUAAUUAUGCUAAAAGUUUGUUCAACUUGUACAAUGUAAUCUAUGAAACUGAGCUAAGAAACAAUAUAUAAUUUG